GAGGGAUCGCGCGUCUUCAGGGCGGAGCCCGAAAUGCAUCUUGGGAAUCCGAGUCCGCGUCUACCUCAGUCCUGCGGAGGUUCCACGAUGGCGGACGUUCAGCCUCCGCCCCUGCGAUCCAUGGAUGAUUUUAUACUGAGCUCGGCGCGGUUCGCUGUGCCCGAUGUGCGCGAUCUGGAGCGACUGAACAACCGCAUAAUCAACAACCUGCUUUACUACCAGUCCAAUUAUUUCCUGUCUGUGCUGAUUUUCCUGGCUAUAGUCGGAUAUGUGCAGCCGCUGCAGUUGUUUUUGGGUGCCACCGUGGUGACGCUGGCCUUCCUGGGGUUUGUUUGGGCUGCAGAGAAUCAGGCCAGCAUCAGGCGCUUCCGGCGCACCCAUCCCUCGCUCUCGCUGUCGGCCAUCUUGGGGGCCAGCUACCUGUUCCUGUCAGUGCUGGGUGGCGUGGCUGUCUUCCUCUUCGGCAUCGCCUUUCCCAUACUGCGUCAGUUCCUCACAAUUCUUCAGCCAACUUGUUUGUCUUUUCUUUAAUGCCUGUCUAGGGUCCCACUUUGCUGGCCUGUCUUAGUGUCCCAGUGUAUGGUCUGUGUCGUGUUAUGGUUCCUCACUCUCCUCCCUCAGUGUCCCACUACUUGGUAUCAGUGUCGUCUUUUGGUUCCUCAGUGUCCCAUCUCCUAUGCCAGUGU